AUGGCGCAAACGUUGAGGGUCAUACCUCCGCUGCCUUCCACGGAGAGAGGAAGCUUCUGUUCCAUCUCUUCUGAUAAAGCGGGCGAGCUCUUGCUCUACUGCAGCGGCAGCAAUGUGAUCUGGCGGCCAAUGUCAUCCAUGGCAUCAGGAACUGAGAAGCCUGACGACAUCUUCUGUUGGCGAGGUCACGUGAAGAACACCACCUGCGCUGCCAUGUCCCCAAACGGACAGUGGGUCGUGUCUGGCGAUGUGACUGGUGCUUUGAGACUCUGGGGUGCCAAAGGGGAGCAUGCGCAGAAGAACGAAUACAAACUUUGGGAUGGGGUCAUCAAAGAUGUUUCAUGGAGCGACGACUCGGGCCGUCUCUUCGCUGCUGGUGAUGGAAAAGAAGUCCGUGCUGCCGCCAUGAUCUGGGACACCGGCAGCAAAACCGGUGAGGUCACUGGCCACUCCAAGCAGGUGAACUCGAUUGCUUUCAGAUCGCAGCGCCCAUUCAAAGUUGUGACUGGCGGAGAGGACAUGCAAGUAAUCUUCCACCAAGGGCCACCAUUCAAAUUUGGCAGGUCCCACAACACCCACUCCAACUUUGUGAACUCCGUGCGCUACUCUCCAGAUGGUGCGUGGUUUGUCUCUGCAGGAUCUGACUCCAAGCUCUGCCUGUACGAGGGCAAGGAGGGUGAGUUUGUGAAGGAUUUUGCAAAGCCGGAGGGCAUCUCAGGCAGUUUGUGGGCCUUGGCCUGGUCACCAGAUUCAGCACGUUGUGCUACAGCCGGGGGUGAUAAGAAGCUCCGCAUUUGGGACCGUGAGACAGCUGCACAGGUUGCUGAAGCCACUGUGGGUACAAACCUCAUGGACAUGCAGGUGGGCGUGUCCUGGGCUUCCCCGACACGUGUGGUUUCAGUCUGUCUUGAUGGGCGGAUUUUGCUGUGGGAUGUUAGCGCUGACAUUAGCCUGGCCAGCACCAUCAACGGCACACAAGGGCCGCUAAACUGCCUGGCCUGUGACAAGAAGUUGAAGUGCUUGGUCUAUGGAGGCACCGAGGGCUCUGUGGCCAUCGCUCCAACAUCAGGUCCAGCCAUCAAGGCGAGCAUCGGGAAGGGCAUUCAGAAUGUGAUGGCACAUUCGGAUGCAUUUGCCGGGAAGCCCGAGGCAUGGAUCAUCUCUCUGGACGAUUGCAUUCGCAAAAUUGGUUUGGAAACUGGUGAGGUCAGUGCGCCCGUGGAAGUGAAGGAGUUCAUGGUCGGUGCAGGGUGGCUGGAUGCUGGGGAAACGAAGCUGAUCGUUGCCACCGGGAAGAAGAAUUUCCACUGCGUUUCAGACUCGCUUCUCUGGAGCAAGGCAGAUGCUGUGGCCCGCAGACCAACCGCCUUUGCCACGCUCGCAGGCAAGAAGGCAGCAGUGGCAUUGGAACAGCCAGAUGGCCAGACGGGGGGCAUAUCCAGUGCACAGUAUGACAUCCAUCUCUUUGACAUCACCGAUGAGACGGCUGCGGGCCUAGUGGAGAAGGCUGUCUUGCAAAAGCAUCUGGCAGAAGUGUGCGCUUUGCGCUUCUCUCCAACAGGGGAGCACUUGGCAUCCAGCGAUGCUGCCCACAAGAUCGUGGUCUGGAGCUUGGAUGGAACCCCCACUGCCAAGAUCUCUGACUGGAAUUUCCACACAGCUCGGGUCAUUGCUUUGGAUUGGCUGGAGGGUGGACAAAAACUCGUCAGCGGCUCCUUGGACCGGCACCUCUUCGUCUGGGACCUUCGGGCUCCAGAUAACAAGGUGCAGAUCAAGGACACGCACAAGGGCGGGGUCACAGCCGUGGCUGCGGUGAGCGAUGCUAGCUUUGCUUCUGCUGGCCAUGAUGGCUUCGUGCUGCUUCAUGGGCUAAGCUAA